CGUCUUCUUCAUGGGCUCUGGUCUCCCAAAAGUCAUAAAAAUAAUCUCACUCAACAACACAGUUUUCACUCAUCAAAUCCGAUCAAAUUCGAUCAAAUUCGAUCAAAUUCAAUCAAAUUCAUCGAAUUCGACCGUGACCCUUUUCGAUUCGCAUCAUAAGCAACAAAACGCCUCAAUCAAUUUCAAAUUCAGAUCUCAAUUUCAAAGUUUCCCCAAUUUGAAAAAUUUCUAUCAAAUCUGCAACAAAUUGGAACUUAUUAAGGUGAUUCAUGGCUUCACCUGGAAACCAGAACCAGCAGCCAGGUGGAGGACCAUUCGAUGUUCAACGAUUCUUCAAUCCUGCAUCUUCUCCACCACCAAUUUCAUCAAACCCUAAUUUUGUUCAAAACCCUAACCCUAAUAAUAAUAAGAAUCAUAAUAUUCCAUAUCCUGUACCGUCGUCCGCGGCGUCGUAUCCUCCUCCCUCCGUCACCGCCGGCGGCAUCGGCGGCGCGUACUCAUAUGCCCCGCAAACGCCGAUUUACCACCCACAGUUUCACAUCUCGUCACCUUCGUUUCCACCGGAAAACCCUACGGCUGUUGCUAACUUGCACCACCAGCGAUCUGUUCCUUACUCUACGCCCCCUCUCCAACCCCCUAGCCCGAGUGGAAACCCUAAUUUUAACAACCAUAGUGGAAACCCUAAUUUUGUUCAAAACCCUAACCCUAACCCUAAUCAUGGAGCUAGAUUGAUGGCGUUGUUAAGUGCUCCACCGCCUACAGCGGUCGAUAACCCGUCUCAGUUAUCGGCUCCCAUGGCGCAGGGUAGUGGAAGCUCUAACCCUGUGAUGACGUCAUCGUUGGUGCCGGCUGCAUUGCAUUCGGGUUCGGGUCCAAUGCGAAUGCUGAGUAGUAAGUUGCCGAAGGGACGGCAUUUGGGGGGUGAUCGGGCUGUGUAUGAUAUAGAUGUUAGGUUGCCUGGAGAGGUGCAGCCUCAGCUUGAGGUUACUCCGAUUACCAAGUACGGGUCAGAUCCUGGGCUUGUUGUGGGUCGGCAGAUUGCGGUUAAUAAGAGUUAUAUAUGUUAUGGGUUGAAACUUGGGGCGAUUCGGGUUUUGAAUAUUAAUACUGCUUUGAGAUCACUGUUUAAAGGUUUAGCUCAGAGGGUUACAGAUAUGGUUUUCUUUGCCGAGGAUGUUCACCUUCUAGCUAGUGCAAGCAUAGCUGGACGAGUUUAUGUAUGGAAAAUUACAGAAGGGACGGAUGAGGACGAUAAACCGCAAAUUAUGGGAAAGAUAGUUAUUGCCAUUCAGAUUGUAGGAGAAGGGGAGUCGGUUCAUCCUCGAGUUUGUUGGCACUGUCAUAAACAAGAAGUUCUUGUUGUUGGAAUUGGAAAACGUGUUUUGAGAAUUGAUACUACGAAGGUUGGGAGAGGUGAAGUGUAUUCUGCAGAGGAACCUCUUAUAUGCCCAGUUGAUAAGUUAAUUAACGGAGUUCAGUUUGUUGGUAAUCAUGAUGGUGAAGUGACGGAUUUAUCAAUGUGUCAAUGGAUGACUACUCGUUUAGUUUCUGCCUCAGUAGAUGGAACGAUAAAGAUUUGGGAAGAUCGGAAGUCCACACCAAUUGCAGUAUUGCGGCCCCAUGACGGUUUGCCAGUAAACUCUGCUACAUUCUUGACCGCUCCUCACCGCCCAGAUCACAUCAUACUUAUUACCGGGGGUCCAUUGAACCGUGAAGUGAAAAUAUGGGCCUCUGACAGAGAAGAAGGAUGGUUGCUUCCUAGCGACGCCGAUUCAUGGCACUGCUUACAGACGUUGGAAUUAAAGAGUUCUUCCGAGUCGCGACUCGAAGACGCGUUCUUCAAUCAAGUGGUUGCGUUACCCCAAGCGGGCCUUUUGGUACUAGCAAACGCAAAGAAAAACGCUAUUUACGCUGUCCACUUAGAAUACGGGCCCAACCCAGAAGCCACUCACAUGGAUUACAUUGCAGAGUUUACCGUUACUAUGCCAAUACUGAGUUUUACGGGUACUAGUGACGUGUUACCACACGGGGAGCAGAUCGUUCAGGUUUACUGUGUCCAAACGCAGGCCAUUCAACAGUAUGCGUUAGACUUGUCGCAAUGCUUACCGCCUCCGGUUGAUAACAUCGCUUACGAUAAACAAGAUUCGGUCGUUUCAAAUGAGGCGGCUAGUACAGACGGUUUGAGCGUUUCAGAACCGUAUGGAAGUAAGACGGAAACAUCGUUGGAUGUCUCGAUACCUACCUCGGAUGUCGGUUCCGUUUCGAGGCAGCCGUCGAGCUUGCCUUUGGUCGAAGCUUCUAUUGGAUCACCGCCAGUCGCUUCAAGUCCUACUUUGACUCGUGAACUGUCCGAUUUGAAAAGUCCAGUCACCGAUCAUGAAUCUGGUGAACCGAAAAUUAUUGAGUAUUCAGUUGACAAGCAAAUGAACGCUGCCGCGUUAGCGUCUGAUAUCGUAACUGAUGAAACCAAGUUUAAGCAUCCGACUCAUUUAGUAACGCCUGCUGAAUUGAUGGCCACCUCAUCUUCUGAAAUAAAUCACAUAUCGGACCAGAAGAAUGAUCUGGAUUUAAAUGUACCUGAUGUGGUUUCAAAUAUUUCCGAUCUGCAGAAUGUUGAGUUGGAGGUUAAGGAGGUUGGUGAAACUGGAAAAAGUGAAACCGUUGAACCCGUUUCUCAAACCGAGGUUCAUGGUUUUGCUUCACAGGCAUCGGAUUUCGGGCGUGUUGUGUCUGGGAAAAGGUAUAGUGCUAACGAUCUAAAGCAACUUGCGGGUUCGGGUCAAAGUCAAACUUUGGGUGGUCAAGAUGAAAGAGAAGACUCGAAUAUCGAUGUUUCGGUACCUGUUGAGACUCCCGUACCUACAACACUUGACUCGUCAAACCCUGUGUCUUCCGCCAAAGGGAAAAAACAGAAAGGAAAAAAUGCCCACGGGUCAAAUCCGUCUUCUGUUUCUCCGAGUGUUUUCAAUUCUACCGACUCGUCUGCUGAACCGGGAGUCGGUUCUAGUGUUCCGUCUAUUGAAGCGAUACUUCCGCAACUUCAUUCUAUGCAAGAAACUAUUACUCAGGUUUUGACGAAUCAAAAAGAAAUUCAGAAGCAGAUUCCGGGAAUGGUGGCAGCAUCCAUUACAAAAGAAUGCCGGAGAAUCGAGGCAGCCAUAGGAAAAACGAUGGAGAAAACUUACAAAACUAGUUCGGAUGCUCUGUGGGCCCGCACUCAAGAAGAAUUUACAAAACUAGAAAAGUCAAACCGAGAACGAAGUCAACAACUUUCUGGUUUGGUUACGAAUGGCUACAAGGAUUUGCCUGCAGCGUUUGAGAAAAUGUUGAAAAAAGAAACGUCUGCGCUCGCGCCAGCUAUUGUGCGUUUGCUUUCACCAGUUAUUGAAAAGACGGUGUCUACUGCAAUUACCGAGGCUUUUCAGAGAGGCGUUGCGGAUAAGUUGGUAAAUCAACUGGAGAAAUCGGUAAAUUCUAAGCUUGAAACUACUAUUGGUAGGCAAAUUCAAACCCAAUUUCAAACUUCUGGUAAACAAGCGCUACAGGAAGCACUUAAGUCUAGUAUGGAGGCUUCUGUUAUUCCCGCUUUUGAGAUGUCUUGCAAGACCAUGUUUGAUCAAGUUAACGCUACAUUUCAAAAAGGAGUGAACGAACACACAACUACAGCUCAGCAACAAAUCGAGUCCGCACAUUCUCCGUUAGCAGUAGCUUUGAGGGAUGCCAUAAAUUCAGCAUCGUCUUUGACUAAAACAUUGAGUGGUGAUUUAGCUGAUGGUCAACGGAAGUUGGUAGCUCUUGCACUCGCAGGGGCAAAUUCGGAAUCAGCUAACCCGUUAACCCAAUUGGGCAAUGGACCUAUUGGCAGCUUCCACGAAAAGAUCGAGGCACCAUUAGAUCCAACAAAAGAGCUUUCUAGAUUAGUAUACGAACACAAAUACGAAGAAGCGUUCACUGCAGCUCUUCAAAGAAGCGAUGUCUGGAUCGUGUCCUGGUUAUGCUCUCAGGUUGACUUGCAAGGGUUAUUAGCAAGCAAUCCGUUGCCUCUGAGUCAAGGAGUACUGUUAUCGUUGCUGCAGCAGUUGGCUUGUGAUAUCGGAAAUGAUACAGCUAAAAAGCUCGCGUGGAUGAUGGACGUGGUGGUGGCGAUCAAGCCAUCAGAUUCGAUGAUAGCAAUGCAUGUACGCCCGAUAUUUGAUCAAGUUCACUCGAUACUAAACCAUCAAAUGAGUGUUCCAACCACUUCGGUAUCUGAGCUGUCAAGCAUACGGGUGGUCAUGAAACUCAUCAACUCGACACUCAGGACCCUGUAAGCCAUUGAUUGAUAUACGUUUUGGAGGACUGUUUGUACAAAGUUUUGGACCUGUUUAGAUGAGUUUUGUUCUUGUUGAUCUGGAAAUUGUACAUUUGUUCUUUAUGUAUUUGAUAUUUUCUGUAGAGGUGGUCUGUAUUUGGUGGUGUUUGAUUCAAUCCAAAGUUUUGAGACAUUGUUUUCCUUAUAA